AAUAUAUAGUGGAGCCGCCGAGAGAGGAGUAGGGCUGCCCAUAAGAAACAGGCAGAAACUCACGGGAGGAGGAGAAUAGCCAGGCCAUGCUCGCCUGUCUGCAACUGCAAAGUGCAAUGUGUUAGCUGGAAGUGUGCAUGCCCUGUGUCGUGAAAUCAGAUAUUGACACUACUCUUCACUAUGGCGCACACACCGGUGCCCGAAACUAUCAACUUUGCCAAGGAGGAGGAGAACGUCCUGAAGCUGUGGCAGAAGAUAGAUGCGUUCCAGACAUGUUUGAAGCAAUCGAAAGGGAAAGAAAGAUUCACCUUCUAUGAUGGACCACCGUUUGCUACAGGACUUCCCCACUAUGGUCAUAUCCUAGCUGGAACCAUCAAAGAUAUUGUUACUCGAUUUGCCCACCAGAGUGGCUUCCAUGUUGAAAGAAGAUUUGGGUGGGAUUGCCAUGGCCUUCCAGUUGAGUUUGAAAUUGAUAAAAUGCUGGACAUCAAAGGACCAGAUGAUGUAGCCAAAAUGGGUAUUCCUGCCUACAAUGCCGAGUGUCGAAAGAUUGUUAUGCGGUAUUCAACUGAGUGGGAAAUGGUAAUAACCAGACUUGGCCGUUGGAUUGACUUCAAAAAUGAUUACAAGACCUUGUACCCAUGGUUCAUGGAAUCAGUUUGGUGGGUAUUCAAACAACUAUACAACAAAGGAUUAGUGUACAGAGGAGUCAAAGUCAUGCCUUACUCAACUGCCUGCAAUACGCCUUUAUCAAAUUUUGAAUGUGGUCAGAAUUACAAAGAUGUAAAUGACCCCUCCAUUACUGUAGCUUUUCAGCUGCGAGAUGAAUCUGUUGAGUUAUUGGCUUGGACCACCACUCCAUGGACUCUACCAAGCAACUUUGCACUCAUCGUAAAUCCUGAUAUGCAGUAUGUAAAAGUUAAAGAAAACUCUUCUGGCAGAGUUUUUGUUCUCUUGGAGAAGCGGCUUGAAAGUGUUUUUAAGAGCCAAGAUGACUUCACUGUUUUGGAUAAAUUCCUUGGAGCUACAUUGAAGGGUAAACGAUAUGUUCCCCUCUUUCCUUUCUUCCCUGAAAUGGAAAGUAAAGGAGCAUUUACUGUUUUUGCUGAUCCUUAUGUCACUGAUGACUCUGGUACAGGAGUAGUACAGUGUGCUCCAUUCUUUGGUGAAGACGAUUACCGCGUAUGCGUUCAGAAUGGCAUGUUCUCUCGGGAUGAUGAUAUUAUUUGUCCCUUGGAUGCUAAAGGCUGCUUUGUUGAUCCAGUCACUGACUUCAAGGGUAUGUACAUCAAAGAUGCUGACAAGCACAUCAUCAAGCAUUUAAAAGAAGCUGGACGACUUUACCUCAAUUCAACAAUUAAGCACAACUACCCAUUCUGUUGGAGGUCAGACACACCUCUCAUUUAUAGGGUUGUUCCUUCUUGGUUUGUGCGUGUUCAGCACAUGAAUGAAACACUCUUGGAAAGCAGCAAACAGACUUACUGGGUGCCCGAUUUUGUUAAGGAGAAACGCUUUGGUAAUUGGCUGCGUGACGCUCGAGACUGGGCCAUCAGCAGGAACAGGUACUGGGGCACACCUAUACCUUUAUGGGUUUCAGAAGAUGGGAAAGAAGUUGUGUGUGUUGAAAGCAUUGCAGAGCUUGAGAGUUUGACUGGUCAAAAAAUCACAGACCUCCACAGGGAAAGUGUGGACAAUCUUGAGAUCCCAUCUUCUCGUCCAGGAUGCAAACCUCUUAGAAGAAUUCCAGAAGUUUUUGAUUGUUGGUUUGAAUCAGGUUCAAUGCCUUAUGCCCAAGCCCACUUCCCUUUUGAGAACAGCAAAGAAUUUGAAAAAUGCUUCCCUGCUGAUUUUAUUGCUGAAGGCAUCGAUCAAACAAGAGGUUGGUUCUACACGUUACUGGUGAUUUCAACUGCUCUGUUCGGAAAGCCUCCCUUCAAGAAUCUUAUUGCAAAUGGACUUGUGUUGGCUUCUGAUGGCCAGAAGAUGUCCAAGCGAAAAAAGAACUACCCUGAUCCUCUUGAAGUUGUAAGUAAAUAUGGAGCAGAUGCUCUGCGGCUUUAUCUCAUCAACUCCCCAGUAGUACGGGCUGAAAAUCUUAGAUUCAAGGAAGAAGGUGUCAAAAACAUCCUGAAAGAUUUAUUCCUACCCUGGUACAAUGCUUACCGUUUCUUAUCUCAGAACAUAAUUCGACUGGAACAAGAAGACAAUGUAUCUUUCCAAUUUGAUGAAAAAAGCUGUCAACUUUCAACAAAUGUAAUGGAUUGUUGGAUAUUGUCCUUCACUCAAUCACUACUUCUGUUUGUUAAAAAGGAAAUGGAUGCCUAUCGGCUUUACACUGUUGUACCAAAGUUAGUUGCUUUUAUUGAUAAUCUUACCAACUGGUAUGUUCGUAUGAACAGAAGGAGGCUGAAGGGUGAUGGUGGAGUUGACGAUUGCUGUCGUGGAUUGGAAACACUGUACAGUGUGUUGUUCUCAAUGGUCCGUAUCAUGGCUCCUUUCACACCUUUCUUAAGUGAGCUGAUGUAUCAAAAUCUGCGCCACCUAAACAAAAACGAUAAGGCUGAAAGUGUCCAUUAUCUUAUGUUGCCUACUCCUAAUCCAAACUUGAUUGACAAGAAAAUUGAGUCUGCAGUUUUGCAUAUGCAGACCAUUAUUGAACUUGGUAGAGUGAUUCGUGAUCGUAGAACCCUACCUAUCAAAUAUCCACUGUCAGAAGUUGUCGUCAUUCAUCAGGAUGCCUCCUUCCUUGCUGAAGUGAAAGAGCUGGAACAUUAUAUUUUGGAAGAGUUGAAUGUGAGGAAAAUGGUCCUGACUUCUGACAAAAAGAAGUAUGGUGUUGCCCUACGUGGUGAGCCUGACCAUAAGUCACUUGGAGCUCGUCUGAAAGGAGAGUUCAAGGCUGUCACCAAGGAAAUCAAGGGUCUUUCUGAUGCUCAGCUGCAGAAGUUUUUGGCUGAUGGACAAAUGGAGCUCUGUGGCAAUCUUAUUGAGAAAGAUGACAUUCGUAUCAUGUUCAGCUUCACUGGACCAGCUGCCCAGGAGCUUUCAGAACGCUACGAAGCACAUUCUGACAAUGAUGUUUUGCUGUUGCUGGAUAUCACUCAAAAUGAUGAGAUGUUGGAAGAAGGAUUUGCUCGCGAAGUCAUAAAUCGAGUGCAGAAGUUGCGCAAGAAAGCUCAACUGAUGCCAUUAGAUCCUGUGACAAUGUACUACAAAGUUUCUGCAGAUGGAGUUGUGAAAAAUGUCUUGCAGAGCUACAAGGAAUACAUUGAAACUGCUGUUAAAGGCCCCAUUAGACCAAUUUCUUCUAAGCCUGGAAAUGCAGUAAUAAUUAUGGAAGAAACAAGCAAAAUCAAGGAUACGGAUUUAUCACUCGUGGCUGUCAAGGGCUUUGCUCCUGGCUAUGCUGGGAGUGACACACCUGUUGUGGAACAGUUGCAGCCUCCUUGCCGGUAUGUGAAGGUACAGCUGAGUGAUGAUCUGCAGCCAAGAUUGGGCGCUCAGAGUUGGGGUGUAAUACUGUUGGAAAAUCCUGUUCAAGAAAAUGCAUUAAGCUUCACUGGAUUGUGUUCACAAAUUGAGAAACUAUUUGGUCUUAAUGGCAUUUGUUUUGAUGUUUCUGUUGAUGGAAUUGUUGUGUCCAGUGCAGUUGAAGUUCUGACCCUCAACAAGAAGGUCUUGACUGUUUCACCUGCUAAUAAAUUGCCUAAUUAUGUACCUUCCACUCCAAACUUCCAAUUUGUUAAUGUUGAGUUCAGAAAUAAAGUGUACACUGUGGUAUUCAAUGAUCAGGUUACACCUGAAUUGAUGAAAUCUGUUGUGAAUCAGUAUGUAAAAACUGUAUUGAAGACUGACAAAUUCAGUCUUGUGGGCAAAUUGGCCAAUGGCGAAACUCUUAAAUGUAAACUUGGUUGAGAGUACUGAUUGUUGGUUUCAUGAAUUAAUUUAUUUGUGACAUCGUAUUUAUCAAUAUUAAUAUUUGUAGAUAGACUAUUUGGGGGGAAUGAGCUUUGCCAUCAAAAGUUGUUUUGAAAUAAUUUCUUUUGUAACAAUAAACGAGAAAAAGAAAACUGCUGCAUUAAA